GUCACCGCACACACACCCGACAUUGGGCCGGCCAGCGAUCCCCUAAUUCGGCAAACCAUCGAGACACUGCAUGCAGUCAGGGCUGGCCGGCUGACGCGGCCUUGCUUCCGGCAUUCUCUGGUACAACUGGUCCCAACGAAGCUUUGUGCGCUUCAACGCCGACCUCAGCCGACCUCGUGACAAGACAUUGCUGCCAAUCCCUAAGGGUCCCGGCCCCGGCCCCGGCCUCGGCCUAGAACCUGCAUAUCCACUACCGCGUCCCCCGUCACCGAGCGCCCCGGGACCGCCGACGACAUGGCGGAUGCGCUAGACUCCCUGGUCAAGGGCGCGCCGCUGGCGCUGCCGGGCCAGGACCUGGCAAAAGCCGCCGCCUCCGCCUCCGCCUCCGCCUCCGCCUCCGCCUCCCCGUCCGUCCCCGGCAAGCCGGGCGACCCGCUUUCGCACACGCCGAGCUCGCCGUCGAUGAUUUACCUCAACCUGCUGAUCCUCGAGGCGUCGCUGCGUGCCCAGUACCUCGAGCUUCGCGCCCGCCGCCGCCACCACACCUUCUUCCUGUCGCUGCUGACCCUGUGGACCGCCUUCUUCGGCUAUGCGCUCUUCUUCGCGCCCCGCGAGGACGGCCGCGGCGUCGGCGGCAGCGUCUACUGGGUCGUCGAGACCACCGAGCACAUGUGCUUCCUGGGCGGCAUCAUCACCGGCCUGCUGGUCUGGGCCACCGGCAUCUGGGAGCGGGGCGUGCGCUGGCCGAGGCGCUGGUUUGCCGUCUCGAACCGGGGGCUGCGCGGCUUCAAUUGCAAGCUGGUGCUCAUGAAGCGGCCGUGGUGGAAGGAGGCGCUGAGCACGGUCGGCUGGUUUCUCACGUACGGCCUGUUUUCGAACAACGGGAGCUCGUACCGCUGGGUGGAUCCGGCGCUGCUGCGGGAGGUGGAUAGGGAGCUGAACCUGUCCAAGGAGAGCCACCCAACGGUGCACGUCACGAACUGGGACGAGGAGAAGGGCGGCCACGAGGAGGAUCUGGCGCCGGGCGGAGACUACGUGAAGUUGCUGCUCCUGGCGAAGCCGUUCUCGCCGACUUUCAGGGAGAAUUGGGAGCUGUACAGGGCCGAGUACUGGGAGAAGGAGAACGAGCGGCGCGCCCUCCUGCGGCGCAAACUCAAGGAGCGCGAUCGCAAGCUACGCCGCCAGAACGGCGGCUGGUUCUCGUGGCUUCCCUGGCGCCGGGCGCCGAGCGACAAGCCCGCCGUGUCGAACCACGAGAAGGCACCACAUCACCCGCGGCACGCGGCCGUGGUGGGCGAACACCGGCGGGCGAGGAGCGGCAGCACCGUCGUGCGCAGAGGGAGCAUGUCGGGCGGCACCUCGUCGCGGAGCACCACACCGACGCUCGAGGGCGAGGAGCACCCCGGCGUCGCGCGGAAGGGCAGCUCGUCGUCGAUCGCAUCCGACAAGAAACGCAAGAAACUGGCCCCCGGGACCAAGACCCGCCCGCGCGUCGAGAGUCGGUCUGUCACGCCCGAGAUCCCGUCGCCGCUGGGGAAGGAGAGCAGUCACGGGACGUCGCAUGCUGCGAGCCCGUGAGGAUUGCUACGCUGUGGGGAUAUGUUGUACUGUGCUGUGCUGUGCUGUAUGUUAGAGCCAUAGCGGCCGUUUGUGAUAGCUAUCUUGUCCAAGCAGGAUUGCUCGCUGCCUCAAUUGUUUUCAUCAACCCGGUGACAGCUGUAAGUCCCCUUCAAAGACAUUCCGGCUCCGGGUUGGGGUUAUGUAUGUCAUGCCCAA